AAGUCAUAAGAAGCCCUUCCAUUUUAGGGCUCUUUGACGUCACCAAAAAGGCGAUAAAUAUCUGUUGAUAUAAUUGGAUGUGAGAUUCAGUGUUGAGAUAGCAAAAUUCUGCCCCUCGCUCCUUGGCAGGGCCCUAUGAUUUAUGCAGGAGCAGAGGCAGCACGCAAUCGAGCUGUCAAGAGAGCGUCAGCUUAUUAGGCAGAUGCUGCGUGCUUUCUGAAGAGGGUCGACGCUAUAAAAUCCCACUCCAGGCUCUGGUGUGGAAAAACUCGGAGCCCAAGUCUCUUGAGAGACCGGAGGGAAAGAGGAGACAGAAAGAAAAAGAGAGGGAGACAGAAAGGAGAAGGGAAGAAAACCUCCAGAAGAAGCCCCGGAGACGUCCCUCUGCAGAGAGGCGGCAGCGCCCGGCUCACCUGCGGAGCGCCUGGGAAGCGAGCGCCCCUAACAUGCGGCUUCCGCUGCUCGUGUCCGCGGGCGUCCUGCUGGUGGCUCUGCUGCCCUGCCCGCCAUGCAGGGCCCUCCUCAGCAGGGCGCCAGCCCCGGGCGCCCGGCAGGCUCCGCAGUCGCCCCAGCGCCUGGAUUUCUUGCAGCCGCCGCCGCAGCCCGAGCAGCCCCAGCAGCCGCAGCCUCGGCCCGUCCUGCUCCGCAUGGGAGAGGAGUACUUCCUCCGCCUGGGGAACCUGCACAAGAGCCCCGCCGCGCCCGUCCCGCCCGCCUCCUCGCUCCUCGCCGGCGGCAGCGGCGGCCGCCCCUCGCCGGACCAGGCGGCCGCCAACUUUUUCCGCGUGUUGCUGCAGCAGCUGCUGCCGCCUCGGCGCUCGCCCGACAGCCCCGCGGCUCCCGCGGAGCGCGGCGCCGAGAACGCCCUCGGCCGCCACCAGGAGGCACCGGAGAGGGAGAGGCGGUCUGAGGAGCCGCCCAUCUCCCUGGAUCUCACCUUCCACCUCCUGCGGGAAGUCUUGGAAAUGGCCAGGGCCGAGCAGUUAGCGCAGCAAGCUCACAGCAACAGGAAACUGAUGGAGAUCAUUGGAAAGUGAAUCGGUGCGUCUGGCCAAAAAGAUUCUGCAUUUAGCACAAAAAAAUUAAAAAAAAAUUACAGUAUUCUGUACUAUAGCGCUGCUCUGAUACCAUUUGUUUAUUUUUAUAUAGCUUGAAACAUAGAGGAUGUACAGGGAGAGAGCCUAUACCCCUUAAUUAGCAUGCACAAAGUGUAUUCCCGUGCAGUAACAACACAAUGUUAUUCGUAUCGUCUACUUCUAGUUUCCACUUCCAGGUGUCUUUUAGUGGUGUUUUAAAGAGAAGGCAGAUCCGGGAGGACACGUUUUGAAGAAGCAGACAGAAGUCACCUAAUUGUUUUUGUUGUUGUUUGAGCCAAAGAGAAUGCCAUUCUCUUGGGUGGGUAAGACAAAAUCUGUAAGCUCUUUGAAUCAACUUUUUCUUGUAAACGUUUCAGUAAUAAAACAUCAUUCUAAUCCUUGAUCAGUUUGGUUGUGUAAGAGAAUGUUGGAUAUUUAUAUUUUUAAUAAAAGCUGCAAAGGUAA